UUCCGACAAUUAGUAUAAAUAAUAGUACAUGAAAAUCCAGCAGCCACUCGCAGUUCUACAGCGAAAGUGUUGAUUUAGUCUCUUAGUUUUCUUAAUUUGUUGAAACGAAUAUAUAACAACUCAAAUACUCCAAAAUGUGUGACGAUGAGGUUGCUGCUUUAGUUGUUGACAACGGAUCUGGCAUGUGCAAAGCCGGUUUCGCCGGUGACGAUGCCCCCCGUGCUGUCUUCCCUUCGAUUGUUGGUCGUCCCCGCCAUCAGGGUGUCAUGGUUGGUAUGGGCCAAAAAGAUUCGUACGUAGGCGAUGAGGCCCAGUCCAAAAGAGGUAUUUUGACUUUGAAAUAUCCCAUUGAACACGGUAUCAUUACCAACUGGGAUGAUAUGGAAAAGAUUUGGCAUCACACUUUCUACAAUGAAUUGCGUGUCGCUCCUGAAGAGCAUCCAGUUUUGUUGACUGAGGCCCCCUUGAACCCCAAGGCUAAUCGCGAGAAAAUGACUCAGAUUAUGUUUGAAACCUUCAACACUCCCGCUAUGUAUGUCGCUAUCCAAGCUGUGCUCUCCCUGUACGCUUCUGGUCGUACUACUGGUAUUGUUUUGGACUCUGGUGACGGUGUCUCACACACAGUACCAAUUUAUGAAGGUUAUGCUUUGCCUCAUGCCAUUCUCCGUUUGGAUUUGGCCGGUCGCGAUUUGACUGACUAUUUGAUGAAGAUCUUAACUGAGCGCGGCUAUUCAUUCACCACAACUGCCGAACGUGAAAUUGUCCGUGACAUUAAGGAGAAAUUGUGCUAUGUCGCCUUGGACUUUGAACAAGAAAUGGCCACUGCCGCUGCUUCCACUUCCCUUGAGAAGUCCUAUGAAUUGCCUGAUGGUCAAGUCAUCACCAUCGGUAACGAACGUUUCCGUUGCCCAGAAUCCCUCUUCCAACCAUCCUUCUUGGGUAUGGAAUCAUGCGGUAUUCACGAGACUGUCUACAAUUCGAUCAUGAAGUGCGAUGUCGAUAUCCGUAAGGAUUUGUAUGCCAACAUUGUGAUGUCUGGUGGCACCACCAUGUACCCUGGUAUUGCUGAUCGUAUGCAAAAAGAAAUCACUGCCUUGGCUCCAUCCACCAUCAAGAUUAAGAUUAUUGCCCCACCAGAACGUAAAUACUCGGUCUGGAUCGGUGGUUCUAUUUUGGCUUCUCUAUCCACCUUCCAACAGAUGUGGAUCUCGAAACAAGAAUACGACGAAUCCGGCCCCGGCAUUGUCCACCGCAAAUGCUUUUAAGCGACUCAUUUUGUUGCAUUCAAACAGGUUUAAGACCAAUGACCGUGAUUCGACCGCGGACGCAGAAUCAAAACUAUUGGUUACUAUUAUCAUCAAUCGAGAAAAUUUUACAAUUUUUUUUUUUUAAUAUUUUAAAAAUACUUUACUGUAUAAUUUUUAAUUUAAUUAAUGUUAUUAAAGAAACUAAGUUUAUAAUAUGACGACGAAGGAUAAGAAAACAACAACAACUAUUAGAAAAAUCCUUGAACAUCUCAAUGGCAUAUUUAAUGGAUUUAUCUCUGUCUUUUUUUAUUACCAAAUACAUAUACAAAUAUUCGUAUUACUCAAAAUGAAAAAAA